CUGAGAACAACAAGAAGGAGACAAUGAUGAGGUUAGGAUCAACAUCUCAGAAUAACGGUAACGGUAAUGGUAGCAGCGGUGGGGUAGUACGACAGUACGUGAGAUCCAAAGUUCCAAGGUUACGGUGGACUCAUGAUCUUCAUCUUAGCUUUGUCCAUGCUGUGCAGCGUCUCGGAGGUCAAGAAAGGGCAACGCCCAAGCUGGUUUUGAAGCUAAUGAACGUUGAGGGACUAAGCAUUGCUCAUGUCAAGAGCCAUUUGCAGAUGUACAGGAGCAAGAAUGUUGAUGGCCAGGGACAAGUGAUAAACGAGGGAACAAUCUAUCCUAUAUCGACUGCAAACAAUCUUCAACAAAACCUGUGGCAAUUACCUGCGUUUGAUCAAAGAAUAACAUCCAACUUCAGAAGUUGGAACAAUUCUGGAGCAACAAAUGAGAAGAAAGUCGUGGGAGAUAACGGGAUUGAUUUGAAGUUGAGCAUGGAGCUGGU